UUUGUUUUUGGUUUUCUCAAAUGAUUCAGAAGUAAAUUAAAAAACCUACAUAACAGAUCUUCAGGGGAAAAUUUUAAAGCAUAUGUACAAAUUGAUGCUUUGAAUGCUAGCAUUACCACUUUGAACAACUCUCAUCUUCUUUCUCCAGUUAAAUCACGUUCAAGGUGAUUAUCAAAAAAAAAAAAAGGAAAAAAAAGUCACAUUCAAGGCCCUUUAUAAGGGUGCCACUGCGUCAGAGUAAACAAUCUACCACACACCAUCGUUAUAGCAAAAUGGGUAUCAGCUAUAGAGUUGCCUUGUUUUCUGCCUUAGCUUUCGCAUUCCUAAAUGGUGAUUAUGCGCAAGAUACUAUUUUUCCUGCUAUAUUUACAUUUGGUGACUCAGCUAUGGACGUUGGCAACAAUAACUACCUUUCCACUUUUUACAAGGCAAACUAUCCUCCUUAUGGAAGGGAUUUUGCCAGUCAUGAACCGACAGGGAGAUUCUGCGAUGGCAAAUUGGUAUCCGACAUAACAGCUGAAACCUUGGGGUUUAAGACUUAUGCACCAGCAUAUUUAAGUCCAGAUGCAUCAGGAGAAAACCUUCUUAUUGGAGCUAGUUUUGCGUCAGCUGCAUCUGGUUAUGAUGAUAAAUCUUCCAUUCGGAACGAUGCUAUUACAUUGCCUCAACAGUUGCAGUACUUCAAAGAAUACCAGAGUAGGCUGGCCAAGGUAGCUGGUAGUAACAAAUCUGCAACCAUCAUCAAGGAUGCGCUGUACUUGCUUAGUGCAGGCACCGGAGACUUCCUCGUGAACUACUAUGUUAAUCCUCGGUUACACAAAGCUUAUACUCCUGAUCAGUAUAGCUCUUAUCUCGUCAGAGCAUUCUCAAGAUUUGUUAAGGGUUUGUAUGGCUUGGGGGCAAGGAGGCUUGGGGUAACUUCACUCCUACCGUUAGGUUGUGUUCCUGCAGCUCACAAGUUAUUUGAUUCCGGUGAGAGUGUAUGUGUCUCCAGGAUUAAUAAUGAUGCCCGGAAAUUUAACAAGAAGAUGAACUCAACUGCAGCAAACCUACGAAAGCAACUUCCGGAUUUUAAGAUUGUUGUCUUUGACAUCUUCAGCCCAGUGUUUAACCUUGUUAAAUCUCCUUCAAAUAAUGGUUUUGUGGAAGCAAGAAGAAGCUGCUGCAAGACAGGGACUGUACAUGAAGCUACAAAUCCAUUGUUGUGCAAUCCAAAGUCUCCUAGGAUUUGCGCCAAUGCCACACAGUAUGUGUUUUGGGACGGUGUCCAUUUAUCAGAGGCUGCUAAUCAGAUUCUUGCAGAUGCACUGCUCGCUCAGGGCUUCUCCCUCAUCUGACAGGAGCUUGCAUGUGGCGUCUGUUUGUCAUUGUAUAAUUUCCCUUUUGUGUGCUACUGCUGUCUUAUUCAGAAACAGUUCAAAAGCCUAUCUUGAUUAUCUUGCGGCUUUUUUCGUAACUUUUCGUUUUCUUUUUCUUCGCCGAUGGCUUUUUUUUUUUCCUUCUUUUUCUUUUUUUCUUGGGUUACAUGUGUUAAUGGCUUUCAAUUCCUCAGUACGAUUUGGGUCAGUACACAAAGAUUUAACGUUAUUUCUUCAAGUUGUUCUCCAUUUCUAAAUUGGUAACCUUCAAAGUAGCUCCAUCAAUAUUAUCUACUAAAUAAAAAGCCUGCUCGGAUAGACUAUC